CGUUUUAGCUGCCGACAGCGGGAGACACGAAGCCGCUUGUAGCCUUUUCUUCUGCCGGCUGUUCAACCGCUGCAACUGUCAAAUUAUCCAGCGAUAUAGUAGUGUACAUAAGCUAUAUAAACGUGACUCUUCAAAAUGCCGCGGGGCGGGAAAAAGGGCCACAAGGGCAGAGGAAAGCAGUUCAGCAAUCCUGAGGAGAUUGACCGACAGAUGAAAGCGCAGCGAGAGGCGGAAGCAAAUGCCGGUGCAGAGAAAGAAAGCUCUGAGGAGUCAGAGGAGGAGAGCAGCAGUGACGAAGAGUCUGAUUCCAAGAGAAGGAGCGGAGUGGAGGGGCUUAUAGAAAUUGAGAAUCCCAACCGUGUGUCUCAGAAGAACAAGAAGGUGGCUGAAGUAGACGUCACUGCUCCUAGAGAGCUGUCCCGCAGAGAGAGAGAGGAGAUAGAGAAGCAGAAAUCAAAGGAACGUUACAUGAAGCUCCACCUUGAGGGGAAGACCGAUCAAGCCAAGGCCGACCUGGCCAGACUCGCCAUUAUAAAGAAACAGAGGGAGGAUGCUGCCAAGAAGAGAGACGAACUCAGGAAAGAAAAAGAUGCUGAAGAAGCCAAAGGAAAGCGCUAGUCCUUCACCUCAAGGCUUCAACAUGCACAUCAGUCUCAGAGGGUUGGAGAAAGAUGGGGGGAAAGAGGGAGAUCUGGAGAGAGGAGAACAGGGAGGGAACCAAUACAAGUGGCGUCAGAUCAGGGGUGCUCCAGAGCUCCUGUCCCUCAUUUUAAAUCAGAGGGGAGUGGGUCUUCAUGACAGUGUGGUCAGGACAGGGAAAACGGGUGAAGCAAAGUAAGAUGAAGAGGAAUGCAACAUUUGGGAUGCCUCUGAUUUUAGUUUGAAAAUUCCUCUCUAUGUUUUAAGAGGAGACAAUCACAGGUUUUCCAAGUGCUUCAUAGCCUCUUUACUCUUCAUCACCCACCAGGGUUUUAAUUCUAAAGCUGCUGAAGUCAUUUUCCAUUCCUUUUGAUUACUACAUUUUUACAGUAAUUGCAUUGUAUUUUUACCUAAAUAAAUAAUACAAGUUUACUUAUUGACUGAACAGGUAACACAGAGGGCGUGCAUGAGGAUUUCUUGGGUGCUUCACUUUUUCUUCUAUCUAGCCUAUUUUUUGUAAUAAAAAAAGGCAAGCCAUUGACAAAUGGAGAAAAGAACAUUAUUUAGAAGAUAAACUGAUAUAUAGGAAAUAUACCGUGUAGUUUAGUAUUUUGUUCCGGGUCAAAAAAUGGCAUGCAGCACCACAGCUACAUCUUUCAUGAGUGUGGCUGUGUGGAUAUAAGACAUUAGAAUAAUUUUCUAAAGAGUUUUCCUUUCACACCAUCCAAACAUGAUUUAAAUGUUCAGCUUUUCCCACAGUUCUUUGUCUCAGCACAUGUUUUGCCUUAUUUUCAGGCCCCCUCUUCUUUUUUUUUUUGAGAAUUGGCAAUUUACAGAGUUGGAAGACAUAGCUUUUCAUUCUACAAUAUCACCUGUAGAAAGUAGUGGAAGUUUAGUUUCUUUUGGUUCAAAGGUACACCUCUCAUCCAUGAAUUAUUUCUGUCAGAAGUUCAAAUUCACUUCAAAAUGUGUCUUGUCAUCCUUUGCUUAAAGCACCAGGAAUAUUACUUGAAUUGCCUAAAAUAAGUAUGAGUUUUUGGUUUUGUUAAGUUGUCAAACAUCAGUGCUGGAAAGCAUGGUCUUAAACUGCCUCAGUAACUGUGGCCUUCCUCGCCCUGUUUCUGAUGGGAUCCUCAGUGGCUCUGAAGGAGGGAUUGCGUCUUCUGUUGCCUUGUCAAAGUUUACAUAAGACCAGUUCACUGUCUUUCUCCUCUACCGGACCUCUUUCACAGCAGACGCUCUUGACGUGUCAUAGCAGUAAAAGCAGUUGUAAUUCGUAAUAGUAACAAUGGCAGUGUUACAUUGAGGUGUCGCUGCUUCAGAGCCGUGCUGUUGUGCAUGUUUGCUUUCUAACACUUGCUGUUCUUAGUUCCACCUGCACAUUUCCUGCUAUGAAAGGUCAAAUUGCCUGCUGUGAAAAAGCUCUAUAAAAGUGCUAUAAAACCUACGGUUAAGUCACUAGAUACACUUAAAUCUGAUGCAAUCCAGCACAUCAGCACCAUUAAAUGUUAAAUGUCUCGAAAAAGAGCAGACCGCUCAACUCCUCUCUGAUGGUUUAAAGUAAAACAACAUUAUACACUUCACUGACAUGGGAUUUGAAGCAGGGCAUUGGUAUUUGGUUUAGACUGCGCAGGUGUACAUAAUAUACUGGUUAACUCAGCAUGUGGUGGAUUUGGAAAUUCCUUGGUCAGGAAAACAGUAUUCCCUAUAAUAAUAAAAAUAAUAAUAAUAUGGAAUUUACUAUAAAGAACAAACUGUUGCAACCACAAAGUGUGAGAAAUGUAGCCACAGCAUAAAAGUGAAUUCCUCAGUUUUCCAUCAUGUAUUUGAAGUCAUUUUUAAAAAUAAAUUCAUUAAUAAAUAAAU